AUGAGGGAACUUCUGGCAAAGGACACCAUUGCUUUGACUGUCGUACAUAUGUACAAAAAGAAUGGUUACAUCUUUACGAAGUCCGAAGCAGCUUUUCCUGAUGGAACAGCGCCCAUUCGCAGCCUGGUAUUCGCCAAGAAUCCCCAGCCAGAAUGUGUGUCAGUCCCCGUCUUUCAAAAAGCAGAUCAGCACAAACUGUACUUUGGAGACAUCUACAAUGUGACCGGAUACGAAUUUCUGCACGCCUACGCGUUCACCACCUACUGCGCCUGCGAAGGAACAUGCUGUGGACAAGUGCAACUGACAGAGAGAAAAGUAAAAAUUACGGGCUCGGUUUACGGCUUUGAUUACGUCAUAAGCGAUGCAAAUCAGACUCUUUACAUCGCAAACUUUCUCACAAAAGACAACUCCUCAUGGGCAAAACCGAACAGUACCAUCUGCAUCGGCUAUAGCUAA